CGUCCCAGCAGGCAGCGCGGUUACUUGCGAUGUGACGUAUUUCCGUAACAUGGCGGUGUUGUAGAAGAGAGGAGCCGCGCUAUUGGCGUUGAACUUUGACGUGACAUCUUCAUUUAAGGCAAAGCACAUCCAAGAGUUUGAGGCCGGCCUGGAGAACAGGAUGCACGUUGACGCAGUCCUCCUCUAAAUUCAGUUUAUGUAGUGCUUUUCCACGGUGAACGCCAUUCCCACAAAUUCACAGAUGGCCGGUGACACGUCUGAUAAGAAGGAUGCUGACCGAUCAGCAUCCAAGGAAAGGGAGAGGAAACGGUCAAGGAGCCGCUCAAGAGAACGAGAGCGCAAGGCCUCGCCAUCCAAGGACAGGAAGCGACAUCGCUCACGGGAGAGGAAGAGGUCUCGCUCGAGGUCCAAGUCAGCAGACAGAGACCGCCGGCACAAGGAGAAGGAAAGGGAACGGGACCGGGAGAGGGGCAAGAAGGACCGAGAUAGGGAUAAGGAUGUGCACCGACGCGAGAAGGACAGGCGCAAGUCCAGAAGCCUAUCUCCAAAAUCCAAAGACAAUCGGGUGAAGAAGGAAAAAGGAGUGAGGAAGAGUGAAAAAGAUGAGGAAGAUGAGGAUGAGAAGAAGAAAGAGAAGGUUCAGCCCCUGUCUUUGGAGGAGCUACUGGCUAAAAAGAAGGCAGAAGAGGAGGCCGAGUCAAAGCCCAAAUUCCUGUCAAAGGCCGAGCGAGAGGCAGAGGCCAUCAAGAGGAGGGAGCAGGAGGUGGAGGAGAAACGUCGCCUGAUGGAAGAAGAGAAACGGAAGAGGAGGGCCUUCCAGGACAUCGGCAGGAAGAUGCUGGAGGACCCACAAGAGAGAGAGAGGCGGGAGCGCAGAGAGCGAAUGGAGCGGGAGAAUAACGGUAACGAGGAAGAAGAUGGGCGGCAGAAAAUCAGAGAAGAAAAAGAUAAAAGCAAAGAACUCCAGGCCAUCAAGGAGCGCUACCUCGGUGGAAUCAAAAAGCGCCGGAGGACACGGCACCUGAAUGACCGAAAGUUUGUGUUUGAGUGGGAUGCGUCUGAAGAUACGUCCAUCGACUACAAUCCUCUGUACAAGGAGCGUCAUCAGGUGCAGCUUUAUGGCCGCGGCUUCAUUGCUGGCAUCGACCUGAAGCAACAGAAACGAGAACAGUCACGCUUCUAUGGAGACCUAAUGGAGAAGAGGCGCACGCUGGAGGAGAAGGAACAAGAGGAACUCCGGCUGAAGAAGCUGCGUAAAAAGGAGGCCAAGCAGCGGUGGGACGAUCGCCACUGGUCCCAGAAGAAGCUCGAUGAGAUGACGGACAGAGACUGGCGUAUCUUCCGUGAGGACUACAGCAUCACUACCAAAGGGGGCAAGAUACCCAACCCUAUCCGUAACUGGAAGGAGUACAUCCUGCCACCGCACAUCCUGGAAGUGAUAGACAAGUGUGGCUACAAGGAGCCAACCCCCAUCCAGCGGCAGGCCAUUCCUAUUGGCUUACAAAACCGAGACAUCAUUGGCGUGGCUGAGACGGGCAGCGGGAAGACUGCUGCUUUUCUCAUCCCCCUACUGGUUUGGAUUACCACUCUGCCCAAGAUCGAUCGGAUUGAAGAUUCAGACCAGGGUCCUUAUGCCGUCAUCCUUGCGCCCACCCGUGAGUUGGCUCAACAGAUUGAGGAGGAGACCAUCAAAUUUGGGAAACCAUUGGGAAUCCGCACGGUGGCAGUGAUUGGUGGCAUUUCCAGAGAAGACCAGGGCUUUCGACUGCGGAUGGGCUGUGAGAUUGUGAUUGCCACGCCCGGACGUCUGAUUGACGUGUUGGAGAAUCGCUACCUGGUCUUGAGCCGCUGCACCUACGUUGUCUUGGAUGAGGCCGACCGCAUGAUUGACAUGGGCUUUGAGCCGGACGUGCAGAAGAUCCUGGAGUACAUUCCAGUGACCAAUCAGAAGCCAGACACAGACGAGGCCGAGGACCCCGAGAAGAUGAUGCAGAACUUCGAGUCGGGGAAACACAAGUACAGACAGACUGUCAUGUUCACGGCCACCAUGCCCCCAGCUGUGGAGCGGCUGGCCAGAAGCUACCUUCGGCGCCCUGCGGUGGUCUACAUUGGGUCUGCCGGCAAGCCGCACGAGCGAGUGGAGCAGAAGGUCUUCCUCAUGUCGGAGGGAGAGAAGAGGAAGAAACUCCUGGAUGUCCUCGCCAAAGGCUUUGAUCCUCCAAUCAUCAUCUUCGUCAACCAGAAGAAGGGCUGCGAUGUGCUGGCGAAGUCUUUGGAGAAGAUGGGGUACAACGCUUGUACCCUGCAUGGUGGCAAAGGCCAAGAGCAGCGUGAGUUUGCCCUGUCCAAUCUCAAGGCGGGAGCCAAAGAUAUCCUGGUGGCCACCGAUGUGGCGGGCAGAGGAAUCGACAUCCAGGACGUGUCCAUGGUCAUCAACUACGACAUGGCCAAGAACAUCGAAGAUUAUAUCCAUCGUAUUGGCCGUACGGGCAGAGCUGGCAAGAGCGGAGUGGCCCUCACCUUCCUUACCAAGGAGGACUCGUCCGUCUUCUACGACCUCAAGCAGGCCAUUCUGGAAAGCCCGGUGUCCUCGUGCCCCCCAGAACUGGCAAAUCACCCCGAUGCACAACACAAGCCUGGCACCAUCCUCACCAAGAAGAGGCGCGAGGAGACCAUCUUCGCCUAAGGGGAGCCAGACUUGCCCUGCUAUCGGACUUGAGCCCGUUUUAUUUUUUAAUCAGGUUAGCUGGUUGGACUAUACAGGAGGCUGGCAUCAUGGGUAUAGUGAUUGGGCAGUGCCAGCAGGAAUUUUUUUUUUUUGUACAGCCUAUUAAUAAAAUAAUGAAAAAGCUGA